AUGCAAUUAUUAGGAUUACUCAAUACCUCUUUUAAAAGGAGAUAUAUUAUUAAAAAUGGGCUUAAAAACUAUAAAAUUGUGGGUAGGAAUUCAUUUAAACCUAGUCCAUUAUUUUUUAAAGGCCUAAAUAAACUAAUUAAAUAUGGAAGAAGUAAUAUAAAGUCAAAAUCACAUAAUAAAAAUACACAAAACAGCAAUAACUGUGAUCUUAUAGUUGGUUCUGAUCAAAAUUUAACCCGUUGUAGAGGAUUUUUGUCAAGAUAUUUAGAGAGUUUGAAGUGCAAUGUGACUGUUUGGGGGUCAUCAGUAGUUGAAUUACAAGUUAAACUAGAAGAUUUAAGUUACUUGAGAAGCAAGAAGUCAUUUUUGAGAAGGUUUAGAAACAUAAAACUUAAGUCCAAUGGAAAAUUUUGUGUUCCAAACGCAGUACAAUUGGCCUCAAUUAGGCCCCAAUUGUCUGGAUCUGACCUUCUUAUUAACUCACCAAAGGGUUCAGGGAAAACAUUUUUGUACCUACUUCCGCACUUGAUACAUAGUUAUGUAUUUAAAAAUAAGGAAGUUUUGGAUGGAAUGGAACUUCGAAACCGAAGACUGGUUGUGUUGUUGCCAACCAUUGACCUAGUAAUCGAAGAAAGUAGAUCUGCCAAUGGAUGUUUCAAUGGAUUUAAUCAAAGAGUUUCACCAUUGCUGUACAAAGAUUUGGCCUUGAAUAAUCUGUCCCAAGUUUUGGAUUCUGAAAUUGUUUAUUCAACGCCCAAAAGUUUUUUGAAGUUAUUGGUGAGGUUUCCAACACUCGCAUCCACCUUCAGAUUCGUAGUGGUUGAUGAAUCUGAGAGGAUGGUCGUUGGAGAGUUUGCAUACCUACUUGUCAGAAUAAGGGAUAUGCUUCCAUCUGAUAUUCAGUUUGUAUUUUUAUCCAAUUUCAGUAAUAAUUAUGCGUUAAACCAGUUCACUUCAAGGUUUUUGAAGCUAAAUUUUAAAAUUAUAUCAUACGGAAAUGAAAAUGAUCCUAAAUUACAUGCUAAUAAUAAGGUGAAUGUUAUAACUAGACAAUUAUACGGCCCUAUAAGGAAUAUUGGUCAAUACGAGGAGUUAUACAAGUCCAUUAACUCCACCAAUCCCACACAACUAGAACCAAUAGAUUUGAAAGAAAGAAGUAGUAAUGAACAGAGCGACAUGUGUGCUUUAAAUUUACAAGUUAGCCAUGAUUCUGAACCCGAUUUAGUUCGUGAAAGUGGAGGGAUUGUUGGUGAUUUGGAAAGGAAGGUACAGAAGAAUUUGGAUUUAAUAUUAUCUAGCAGAACUAAAACUGAGUAUAAAUUAGACUUUGUAUUGUAUGAUCCAAACAUGUUUCUUAAUUCCCUAGUGAGUGAAUUAGAUAUAAAUAAAAAGACUCUGGUCUACUUCCCAACAGUGAGGAUGUGCCAAUUCUGCUAUGUUUUUAUAAAGCACUACUUAAAAUUUUUUAAAAACGUUUCAAAUGUAAGUGGUGACACUUAUGAAGGUGAUUCAGACUUUAAAUUUUAUGAUUUCCAUAGCGCUUUGAGCUUAGAUAAGAGAAGGUACGUAAUGGAUACAUUCAAGUUAGCUGACAAGGGUAUUUUAUUUACCACAAAUUUGUCAAUAGGACAUAAUUUUAACCCAAGUAAAAUCAUACAAGUCUCCUUUUCAUUUAACCAAUUUGAACUCCUGAACAAGUUUGCGUUUUCCAAUAAACUAGUCAAUAGUGGUAAGGAUAACAUUGAGCGGGUUCUCUUACUGAAUAACUUGGAUGGUCAUAUUUUGUACGAGUAUUACAUUAAUGGUAUUAAUGUUACUCUGAAACGUUGUUUCCACUCUUCAAAUACUCAUUCUCCAACCAACCUGGGGGUUGAAAAAGAUAUAUAUUUAAUAAAUAGCUGUGAAUUGAUGUACAGAAGUUUACUUGGCUACUAUAGCGAGAAUUCAAGGAGACUAAAAAUUGAGCCUUGGACAAUCCCCAGCUUUUUCAACGAGUUUAUUAAAUCCUUUGGAAUUUCUGAAAGUUUCAAGGUCUCACCACAGUUUGCCGCAAGGACACAACUACUAAAUUCACCGGGUUUGGAAGUUAGUAGAGCCUACAAUAAAAAGUCAACUCUAAUCUCAGCGCUAAAAUCCUAUCCCGGUUUCAUUUCCAAAUCUCAACAAUCUAACCUAUUAUUUUAA